AUGGCAUUCAUCACUGAGAAAGAUGUGGAAAUACCACCCCAAACUGAUCUCGAGCUUGGAACCUCAAAGGGUGAAAAUGACAGUGGAAAUGCGGGGGACCAUGAUAUUACUGAUGUUGCAGAUGUUGCAUACUCCUGCUUCACAGAUCCCCAGCGGAGAUUUAUUGUCUUCAUGAGCUCAUGGGCAGGUCUCUUCUCCGCUAUUUCAUCACAGAUUUAUUUCCCUGCCAUUACAGAUUUGGCCAAAGAUCUUAAUGUCUCAGGGUCAUUGAUAAACUUGACAUUAACAAGUUACAUGAUCUUUCAAGGCCUUGCACCUAUGUUUAUUGGUGACUUUGCCGAUAAAACUGGAAGGAGACCAGCAUAUAUUGUAUGCUUUGUUCUUUAUAUUGCUGCAAAUAUCGGCCUGGCUCUGCAAAACAGCUAUGCAGCUCUUUUCAUACUCCGGUGCCUGCAAAGUGCAGGAAGUAGCACCACCAUUGCUCUAUCAUCUGGGGUAGUCUCCGACGUGGCCACCGCCUCUCAACGAGGAUCGUACAUGGGGUUUGUAACAGCAGGAUCUCUGCUGGGCCCAUCUAUAGGUCCUGUUGUUGGAGGUUUGCUGGCUCAGUUCCUCGGCUGGAGGGCAAUCUUCUGGUUCCUCGUUAUUUUCGCAGGUGCCUUUAUGAUCCCAUUCCUGCUUUUCUUCCCUGAGACUGCUCGGGAGAUUGUCGGCGAUGGAUCACUGCCUCCUCAAAAGUGGAACAUGUCCUUAAUCAGCUACAUUCAGGCCCGCAAGCUUCGAGUGGAGGGUGCUGAAACUUCUGCGAGUACGCGCAAUCUAAAGAUUGGAUUCCCGAAUCCUUUGCAGACGCUCGCUAUCGUUUUCCAGAAGGAUGUUAGCGUCAUUCUCUUCUGUAAUGCGUUGCUCUUUGCUGGAUUUUACGAUGUGAGCGCCACAAUCCCGUCGAUCUAUACCGACAUAUACGGAUUGAACGAUCUACAAGUUGGUCUGUGCUACAUUCCUUUCGGUCUUGGUGCUUCCAUAGCAUCUAUUCUGAGUGGGAAAUUCCUCGACUAUAAUUAUCGCCGAAUUGCAAAGAGCAUCGGUUUUCCCAUUUUCAAAAACCGGAAAACAGACCUACGGGAUUUCCCCAUCGAAAAAGCUCGUCUUCAAAUUGCAUUCCCACUCCUGGCGAUCGGAAGUUUUGCUAUUAUGGCAUUCGGGUGGACCUUGAACUACAGGAUUCACCUCGCGGCACCAACUACUAUUCUAUUUGUGAUAGGACUUACCCUAACAGGAGCCUUCAACACUAUUGGUACCCUUCUUGUGGACCUAUAUCCAACACAAGCUGCUAAAUCCACUGCCGCUAACAACUUUGUGCGAUGUUUGGUAGGAGCUGGUGCGACUGCUGUGGUUGAUCCUAUGCUCUCAGGUAUGGGCCGCGGUUGGUGCUUUACAUUCGUUGCAUUAGUAAUGCUGGCCACUUCGCCCUUGCUUUUGCUCGAUAUCUACAAAGGACCUCAAUGGCGGGAAGAACGCCGUCUGAAGCUUGAAGCGAAAGAGCUCAAGAUCAAUGAAGAAACGAACUCUGAGAAUGGCAAAAGCUCAUCAGAGCCGAAUAAUACUUUACAACACUCAAUCACUGUCGCUUCAGCUACCAUGACGCUAUGA